AUGGAAUCAUUAGCUAGAGCUUCUAUGACAGUAUGUCCUUUUGUUAGGUCAUCCUCUACUCAAGCAUUACGUCAAAUCUCAAAAUCAACUCCAGGUGGAUUAUCUACCCCAGCUAGAAAAUGUCCAUUUAUGUCAGUUGCAAUUGAAGCUAAAGAACAACAAAUUAGACAAUAUUCAUCGGCUACUAAACCAGUUAGAGCUACUGCUACUACUCCUAUUGAAACUUCUAAACAAGACUAUUUUGUUAAUGUUGCUAAUCCAAAUGCUUUUCCAAUGGGUACUAAUGAAUCAGCAUUUGAUUUCCAAGGGUUUUUGGAAAAUGAUUUAAAUAAAAAGAGACAAGAUAAAUCUUAUCGUUUCUUUAAUAACAUCAACAGAUUAGCUAAUGCUUUUCCUCGUGCUCAUUUGAAUUCUGAAGCUGAAGAAGUUAUGGUUUGGUGUUCAAAUGAUUAUUUAGGUAUGGGAAAAAACCCAAAAACUUUAGACGCCAUGAAAAAAACUCUUGAUAAAUAUGGUAGUGGUGCUGGUGGUACUAGAAACAUUGCCGGUCAUAAUCAACAUGCUAUUCAAUUAGAAGCUGAAUUGGCAGCAUUACAUAAACAUGAAGCCGCGUUAGUGUUUUCUUCUUGUUUUGUUGCUAAUGAUGCAGUAUUAUCCCUCUUUGGUCAAAAGAUGAAAGAUUUGGUAAUUUUUUCUGAUUCGUUAAAUCAUGCUUCUAUGAUUCAAGGUAUUAAGAAUUCUCGUGCUCAAAAACAUAUUUUUAAACAUAAUGAUUUAGCUGAUUUAGAAGCAAAACUUGCUCAAUAUCCAAAAUCAACUCCAAAACUUAUUGCUUUUGAAUCGGUUUAUUCUAUGUGUGGAUCUAUUUCUCCAAUUGAAGCCAUUUGUGAUUUGGCUGAAAAGUAUGGUGCUUUAACUUUCUUGGAUGAAGUCCAUGCUGUUGGUAUGUAUGGUCCUCAUGGUGCUGGUGUUGCUGAACAUUUAGACUUUGAAGCUCAUUUAGCUGCAGGUAUUGCUCAACCACCAAGUCCAACUAUCAUGAACCGUGUUGAUAUGGUUACCGGUACUUUAGGUAAAGCUUAUGGUUGUGUAGGUGGUUAUGUAACUGGUAAAGCUAAUUUAAUUGAUUGGUUUAGAUCAUAUGCUCCUGGUUUUAUUUUCACCACUACUUUACCUCCUGCAAUUAUGGCUGGAUCUAGAGCUUCGAUUAGAUAUCAACGUUCUACUCUUGCUGAUCGUAUUGCUCAACAAAAGAAUACAAGAUAUGUUAAAAACAAUCUUAACUCAUUAGGAUUACCUGUUAUUCCUAAUCCAUCUCAUAUUGUUCCUGUUCUUGUUGGAAAUGCUGCUGAUGCUAAAAAAGCAUCUGAUUUAUUAUUAAAUAAACAUGGAAUUUAUGUUCAAGCUAUCAAUUUCCCCACUGUUCCAAUUGGUGAAGAAAGAUUACGUAUCACUCCUACUCCAGGUCAUGGACCAGAAAUUGCCAAUCAUUUGAUUGAAAGUGUUGAUUCCGUAUUCAAUGAAUUAAAUCUUAAGAGAAUUAAUGAUUGGACUAGAAUUGGUGGAUUAUGUGGUGUUGGUGAAGGAAAAGGUGAAGUUGAACAUAUUUGGACUGAUGCUCAAUUAGCUUUAACUGAUGCUGAUUUGAAUCCAAAUGUGAUUGAACCUGCUAUUUCCCCAGUUGGUGUUUCGUCAGGUGUUGCUUAUUAA